AUGUUCGCCAGACUUUCACUCUUUUCUCUUCUUGCCUCGUCGCUGGCCGCCGGGCUAUCCUACGACAACGUUGACAAGGCCGCCACUCCCCGAGCCAAGGAACUCCUCAAAUAUGUCCAGUCUCAGUACGGCUCGCACUACAUUUCCGGCCAGCAGGAUCUGGCCAGUCUAGAAUGGGUAAAGCAGAAUAUCGGCGCUACCCCAGCCAUUCUGGGCACCGACCUCAUGUAUUACUCUCCCUCUGCCGUUGCCCACGGAGGCAAGAGUAAGACCGUCGAGGAGGCCAUCAGUUUCGAUAAGCAAGGUGGUAUCAAUGCCCUUGUCUGGCAUUGGUACGCUCCUAACUGCUUGCUCGAAACCGAGAAGCAGCCAUGGUACAGAGGCUUCUACACCGAGGCAACCUGUUUCGAUGUGGCCAACGCCGUUGAUCACCGCUCGAACAAAACCGACUACAGACUGUUGAUUCGGGAUAUCGAUGCUAUUGCGGUCCAGCUCAAGCGUUUGUCUGAUGCAAACGUCCCGGUUCUCUUCCGUCCGCUUCACGAGCCGGAGGGUGGAUGGUUCUGGUGGGGUGCUAAAGGCCCAGCUCCUUUCAAGAAGCUGUGGGCUAUCAUCUACGACCGCAUCACUCGCGUGCACAAUAUUCACAACAUUGUCUGGGUCUGCAACACCGCCGAUCCCAAAUGGUACCCUGGAAAUGACAAGUGCGAUAUUGCCACUGUUGACCACUAUGCCCAGGCUGGUGACCAUGGUGUCCUCGAGGAUAAAUUCCACGGGCUGCAAAAUGUCACAAAGGGCGAGAGAGUCCUUGCGCUGGCGGAAGUUGGAUCGAUCCCCGACCCGGAGCUUCAGGCUAAGAAGCACGUUCCCUGGGCCUACUGGAUGGCCUGGAACGACGAGUUCAUCAAGGAUGGAAAGCACAACUCCAAGAAAUUCCUGCAGGAUACCUUCAACAACAAGCGCGUCGUUGCCAUUAAUGGUACCAAAACGCUGAAGAACUGA